AUGCCGAGCAAAAACGAAAUAGAUAUUGAUCCCUAUCAAACCCUCGGCCUUCAGCCGGGAGCUACUGAUGCAGAAAUUACCAAGGCUUACCGCAAACUAGCCUUGAAAUUGCACCCAGACAAACAGGCCAACAAAAAUUUGAGUCCAGCAGAAAUGGAAGCCGCGGAACAAAGGUUUCACAAUAUCAAAGAGGCGCGAAACUUCUUGCUAGAAAACAGAGAAGAAAGGCAAAAGUUUGAUAGGCAAAAGGCAUCCGAACAAAAGCGAAAGGAGGCGGAAGCCCAACGAGAGAAAACCAUGAGUGCAAACCGCAAACAAAUGCGAGACGAAUUGUUGCGCAAGGAACAACAAGCCAAACAAGCGAGUCUCAAUCAUGCUGCUAAUAAAAAAAACGCGGCCAAGAAACGAGAACGUGACAGUGUAGUGGAUCAAUUGCGCCGUGAUGGAACAAAGUUGAGGAAAGAGUACGCCGAACGAGAGGCCGACAGACAAGACGACGAAGAACUGGAACAAGAAUAUCGCAAACAAAAACGACUCGCCAAAGAGCAGUUGGAAAACAGACAAGUCCGUCUCAAAUGGGAUCGCAAAAAGAUGAAAACUAGUCCAUCGGAAGAAUCCAUUGCCCAACUGUUUGAAAAGGAACGUGGCUUUGGUUCUGUCGAAACAGUGGAACUCUUGGGCAACAAAGGUAAUCAAGCUUUGGUGACUUUUGUGGAAGCCAGCAGUUGUCGUCCUUGUGUCGAUUUCUACAAGAAUAGCAAGGAAAUGAGGGCCAAGUUUGUUGGCGCCCGGAAAGAUACCGAGGAGCAAUUGGAGUUGCAAAAGGAAAAGGAAGAUGAACAGGCCGAAAAAAAGGCAGAAAAGCGACGACGGACUGCCGGGAGGGAGAAUGAGACCAUGGAAGAACGUCGAUUGCGACAGCAAGGAGAGCGGGAAACCUUGUUGCGACAGAUGGAGCAAGAAGAGGCAGAAAGUGGCGAUGCUGCAAGUCGAAACGAGGAAAUGAAUCGCAAGAGCAGUCAUGCAGCAAGGAGCGAUACAAGCGGUGACGCGACCGAACCACUGAUACGAAUGCCUCUUGAAUUUCCAAAAGAACUCUUGGCAACUGGAAAAACUCCGUUGCAAAUGCUGGAAGAAAUGGAACGAAGAAUUUUGGGCGAUCUCUUGACUCCAGAAGAGCUCAAAAGCAUGCAAGUGGGGGAAUGA